AUGAGCGGUCCGAAAAUACUCAUGACGGGUGCUUCAGGAGGUGGAGCGGUACUGAAUGCCCUUUUGGCUUCGAACUUCGGCGCUUUGAAAGCGUCUAGGAUCACGUGUCUGGUGCGAGGAGCGGAAAAAGCUCAGAGUCUGGAGAAACUGGGAGUGAAAACGAUUUCUUUCAACAGCCUUGACGAAACUGAGAUUCUCUCUGAAGUGGCAAGAGAAAACGACGUCGUUAUACACGCGGCGUCAGGCUUUCACACAUUGUCAGCUAGAGCGCUUAUCUUAGGACUGGCACAGCGGAGACAGGAUACAGGAAAGGAGGUUUUUUAUCUUCAUACGUCCGGAACCUCCAACGUUGCUGACCGCCCCAUGACCAACGAGUAUGUUGAGGCCGACUAUCCAUUUUCAGAUGAAGGAGACAUCUUCUCUUACCUGAAAAAGAGAGACUUCGGCGUUCCAUAUGCCCAACGGACGUCUGACAUCGUCGCCACGGAGAUCGGUCUGGAAGUAGGCGUGAAAACCUACAUUUUGAUGAUGCCCUCUAUAUACGGAAUUGACGCGAAUCCCUUCCACGAGUUCUGUCAUACUCCCAUCUUGAUUCGAGCUGCGAUGAAGUUAGGCAAGGUACCCGUAGUCGGGGAUGGCUCGGGCAUCUGGGAUCACGUUCAUAUUCAAGAUGUGGGUCGCUGUUAUGAGAUCAUUCUGAACCGGGUUUUGACAGAUGACCACGUCCCGAGCGGCAAGUCAGGGAUAUUCUUUGUUGAAUCUGGGGAGCAUACCUGGCGGCAGUUGUCUCAGAUGAUUGCCGAUGCAGGUGUCGCACUUGGGGCGCUGAAAAGCAAUGAUUUGCAGCCCUUAUCUCUGCCUGAGGCGAAGGUACUCUUGGGUAAGGGCUGGGGCUUGAUUGCUGAGAUUGGUUGGGGGUCAAACGCCCGAACGAGAGCUGACAAAGCGAGAAAAUUGGGUUGGGAGCCUGUGAAGACCAGUGCUGACUUUGAAUCGCAUGCCACUGCUGAUUGGAGAGCAAUUCUCGACUCAAGUGGCCUUCCACGAGGCUAG